AUGAUUACUAAAAUAUAUCUUGAACUAAGUAGUCUUGCAACAUGGUGUGCUGAAUCCUGUCUAAAUUUUAACAUUGACAAAUGCGGCUGGAUUUGUAUCGGGAACAGUAACCUUGAUCUAACUCUUGAAAUAAAUGGGCGAAAACUAGCUAAGCUCAACUCAGUCGUAGACCUCGGUAUUAGAUACUCUAGUAACCUAACGUUCGCAGAACAGACUGAUUAUGCCAGACGUAAAACCCGAAGGUUGCUAGGAUGCAUAACACGCAAUUUCUUUUGUUGUGAAACUACGGUUUUAUUAUACAAAGUAUGUGUCCGACCUAUCUUAGAAUACUGCCCAUUUAUUCUUAGCGGACUCAGACAAAAUGACAAGCUUAAAUUAGAGGGAGUGCAACAGCAGUUUACCUCAAGAACUCUUGGUUUAGAAAGUGGUCUGGAAUACCAUGAGCGAUGCGAAAGACUAAGACUAGAACCCUUCUGGAAAAGACGCCUUAAGCUAAACCUUAUCUUUUACUAUAAGCUAACUAAUCUUCUCUUGCAUUCCUUCGAACCAAUAACUAAAUCUACCACUAUCAUCAGUUACAAUCUUAGAAAUCAUCACAACCUAGCUGCUAUUGAGCACUGUCAGACCUACGUGCGGUACAACUUCUUCUUAAAUAAGUUUCCAGUCAUUUGGAAUAGACUACCAGCUAAUGUGCGCGAUGCAAACACACUUCCAGUGUUCAUCUCCUCAGUCACCAGACUGCUCAAAGAUGACAAUGCACUUCUACGUCUGACUCUUACACCCUCUUUUUCACCCUACACGGAUAUUUUAAGUCCUUUAAAC